GUAGUUUCAGUUUGCCCAAGCCCAACAACUAGGGCUGAGUCACUUGUGUUGUUCCCAUCUCUCAACGGCAAACGCAACUCUCUCUGGUCUCUCUGCUCCCCGCGGUGUGACCGUCGUGUCGCUGCCGUCAUCUGUCAUCCACCUCCGCAUAAUCUCUUUAAAUAACUAAACUCUUAAAGUAUUUGUUUAUAUACAACAAUAAUUAUCAGUUGAUAUUGAUAGAUUCAUUAGGAGUUGAAAUUAGUUGGUUAUGGAUUCUCAGCUACUACGAUUUAACCCAGCCACUUAUCUUCCUAUUAAACCAUUUCGCUCUCCCCAUUCCUCUUCCUUCACUGCACCUAAUUUCAUCCGCCUUUCAUCACUUUCUUUUCGUUCAGGAUUGUCUUGUAAGAGGAUAAGGUGUGCAAUGAAGUCUUAUAAGUUGUCAGAACUUAGCAAGGCUGAGGUAGAAAGCUUGAAGGCUCGUCCUCGCAUAGAUUUUUCUUCCAUAUUCGGCAUAGUCCAACCAAUAGUCGAUGAUGUCCGCAGCAGAGGUGACGCUGCAGUUAGAGUUUAUACUGAAAAGUUCGAUAAAGUGAAACUACAGAAAAUUGUUGAGAAUGUCUCAGAGCUUCCCUAUCCUGAGCUUGACCCAACUAUUAAAGAGGCAUUUGAUGUGGCACAUGACAAUAUAUAUGCAUUUCAUCUUGCCCAAAAGUCAGCAGAGAGAAGUGUUGAGAAUAUGAAAGGUGUUAGAUGCAAAAGGGUUGCUAGGAGUAUUGGUUCCGUUGGUCUUUAUGUACCAGGAGGAACUGCUGUUUUGCCUUCAACUGCUCUAAUGCUUGCUGUUCCUGCACAGAUUGCUGGAUGCAAAACUGUUGUUCUUGCAACUCCCCCAGGCCAAGAUGGCAGCAUAUGUAAGGAAGUAUUGUACUGUGCCAAGAAGGCCGGUGUGACUCACAUUCUUAAAGCCGGUGGAGCUCAGGCUAUUUCUGCCAUGGCCUGGGGCACAGAAUCUUGCCCAAAGGUUGAGAAAAUUUUUGGACCUGGAAAUCAGUAUGUAACAGCUGCCAAAAUGACACUCCAAAAUAGUGAGGCUAUGAUUUCAAUUGACAUGCCAGCUGGCCCUUCAGAAGUUUUGGUUAUUGCCGAUGAGCAUGCCAAUCCUGUACAUAUAGCUGCAGAUUUGCUAUCCCAGGCUGAGCAUGGCCCUGAUAGUCAAGUUGUUCUUGUAAUAGCUGGUGAGGGUGUAGAUCUUAAAGCUAUUGAGGAGGAAAUUAGUAAACAGUGCCAAAGCCUUCCAAGGGGAGAUUUUGCUUCUAAAGCACUAGGCCAUAGUUUCACUGUUUUUGCUCGAGAUGUGGUUGAGGCAAUCUCCUUCUCAAAUCUCUAUGCACCCGAGCACCUUAUCAUGAACGUGAAGGAUGCAGAAAAAUGGGAGGGUUUUGUUGAGAACGCAGGUUCGGUGUUCCUAGGGCCGUGGACGCCAGAGAGUGUGGGAGACUAUGCAAGCGGGACCAACCAUGUUCUUCCAACAUAUGGCUAUGCAAGGAUGUACGGUGGGGUGUCGCUCGACUCAUUCCUUAAGUACAUGACCAUUCAAUCUCUGACAGAGGAAGGCCUAAGAAACCUGGGACCAUACGUGGCCACCAUGGCAGAAGUCGAAGGGCUGGAUGCUCAUAAACGAGCGGUGACCCUCAGACUCAAAGACAUUGAAGCCAAGCAUGCUUCUACUGUGAGAUGAUGUAAGUCAAUCAUAUUAUCUUGUAUGAUAGUUCCAAAGUUUGACACUGCCCUUGAGUUUGAUUAUUGUACUGUAACAUAUAAUCCACUUUCACUGCUACGCAAGUGGUCUAGAGAUUCGGGGUCAGUUUAAUUUUUCCAUUUCACUGCAUAAUACCAAAUAAAGCCAAUGAAUGGGC